CACCUCCUACUCCAUCCUCCAGCCACCCUCACCAAGAUGCUGCAGAACGUGCUCCGCCAGGUGGUUCGUCGAUCGGUCGGAUCGAUCGGUGCUCGAUCCUUCGCAAACUCCUCGUUUGGAACGGCCCGUGGUGCUACCUCACCACUCACGUACCUCAGCGAGGAUGAGCUGAUGAUGAAGGAGACGGUGGCCAAGUUGGCGCAGGAACAGAUCCUCCCGCUGGUGAAGAAGAUGGACGAGCAGCAUCAGUUCGACCCGUCUGUGAUUCGUGCCCUGUUCGACAACGGUCUGAUGGGGGUUGAAGUUAGCGACGAGUAUGGCGGCAGUGCCUGCAACUUCAUGACGAUGAUGUUGGUGGUGGAGGAACUGUCCAAAGUGUGCCCAGCAACGGCCGCAUUCGUCGACAUCCACAACACACUCGUCAACUCGCUUAUGACCAAGCUCGGCACGCCGGAACAGAAGGCAAAGUACCUGCCCAAGCUGUGCCAGGAGUACAGCGGAAGUUUCGCACUUUCGGAACCAUCGGCCGGAUCGGACGCGUUCUCGCUCAAGACAACCGCGAAGAAGGAUGGCAACCACUACGUGCUGAACGGUACCAAAAUGUGGAUUUCCAACUCGGACGUGUCGGGUGUGUUCCUGAUCAUGGCCAACGCGAAUCCGUCCGCUGGGUAUCGCGGUAUCACGACGUUCAUCGUGGAGCGCGAGUACGAGGGCUUUACGGUGGGCAAGAAGGAGAGCAAACUGGGCAUCUGCGCGUCUGGCACCUGCACUCUGCAUCUGGACAACGUACGCGUCCCCGAGGAGAACAUUUUGGGCGAGUACGGCAAGGGCUACCAGUAUGCGGCCGGAUUCCUAAACGAGGGUCGCAUCGGUAUCGGAGCGCAGAUGAUUGGGUUGGCGCAGGGUUGCCUCGAUGCCACCAUCCCGUACCUGCUCGAGCGCAAACAGUUCGGUGCGGAUUUGUACUCGUUCCAGGGUAUGCAGCAUCAGAUCGCGACGAUCGCCACCGAGAUCGAGGCAGCUCGGUUGCUGACGUACAAUGCGGCCCGGUUACAAGAGGCGGGUGUACCGUUCCUGAAGCAGGCCGCUAUGGCUAAAUAUUACGCGUCCGAGGUGGCCCAACGCACCACCGUCAAGUGCAUCGACUGGAUGGGGGGUGUCGGGUUCACGAAAGAUUUCCCGCAGGAAAAGUUCUACCGGGAUUGCAAGAUCGGUGCGAUCUACGAGGGCACCACCAACAUGCAGCUCAGCACCAUCGCCAAGGUCAUGAAGAAGGAAUAUCAGUCGUAAGGCGGCAAAGCCCCACGAUCUUCGGUGUGGAAGGGUGGUAGUAUUUCUUGCGUUACGCAACCCCCAAAUGUUCCGACGCGGCACUCCAGCAGAAAAGGGGAGCAAAAACAUCGUUCCACACACGCACACACACUGAUGAAGGAAGGGCAGCAACGUUUACAGAUAAACGAGAAGGGAAAAAAACAUCGGCAGUUCCCCAUUCCCAGACGAUAUUAAAAAUUUUGUCUUCCGCGAUUUGUGCGCACUACUAGCGUGUGUGUGUGUGUAUGCGCAUAGCGUGAUAAUGAAACCUCCCCGGUGGAGCUGCAAACAGCAAAGAAGAAGAAGAAGAAGCAGGAAAAUACGAUCUUUAUCAAGGGGCUCGAAAUUACGCUGCAAUCAAAGCAGCACUGGUAACGAGUUGAUGAGGGUGGCCAUAGCAACGCGCACAAAACACAAAUUUCGUGAAAUGAAUGCAUUUAUUACGUUAAAACUACUAUUACGCACGAGCAACACGUGGUCAGGGCGAUUAGGGUGGACAUGAGACGCAGGACUUUACGUACUACGACGAGGACGAUUGUGACGAUAAACAUUAGCUAGGAUGUGAACGAAAAUACGUUUAGGACAACAUUCGAACCCGCAGGAGCUAAAUGUAACGCCGCGAGCCGGAAGUGCAGCCUGUUGUACUCUCACUUGUUGUGCAAUUUAGGUUCCACGGUUAGUGCUAGGCUGUUAAACGGUCUUUAUUUCGAUGCGAAAAUAAAACUGUCAAGAGAUUUAUUAACUGGCAAGUGUUAAUUCUUUUUCUUUCUUUGCCAUAUUUGAAUGGGAGA